AUGUUUUUCUUUAAAGACCUUUCUCUAAACAUUACACUUCACCCGUCCUAUUUUGGACCUAGAAUGAGAGAAUACCUGAAAACAAAACUGCUACAGGAAGUUGAAGGUACAUGUACGGGUAAAUUUGGGUACAUUCUAUGUGUAUUGGACUGCGAAAAUAUUGAAAUUGAGCGGGGUAGGAUCCUGCCAACAGAUGGAUCAGCAGAAUUCAUAGUGAAAUAUAGAGCAGUAGUAUGGAAACCAUUCAAAGGAGAGGUGGUAGACGGCAUUGUAUCGAGCUGUACGAAUCUGGGAUUUGAAGUCGAUGUAGGUCCGUUGAGUGUAUUUGUAUCACCAUUUUUAAUGCCUGAAGAUUUGACGUUUAACAGUGGAUCGAAUCCUCCGUCUUACCAGUCAUCUGAACAGAUUAUCACAAAGGGUUCUAGAGUGCGUUUAAAGAUUGUGGGAGCUAGAAGUGAGGUUAAUUCCAUUUACGCCAUUGGCAGUAUAAAAGAGGACUAUUUGGGUGUCAUUUAA